CGAGGGUCCAGGGCGGCACGGACCCGCCGCGAAGCAGAAAAAAAGAACAUACACGCAAGCGCGGACGGCUAUGAAGUCGUUCCAUUUGCGUUGUCGCCUUUCGAAAAGGACAUGUCCGGUUGCCUCUUAUACGUAUGAAGCCAAAUUUCAGCAAGCUAUCCAUUCCUAUUAUCACGAUCGUAAUAUCCUUUCAUGUCAUGAUCCGGAAAGACUUCUUCAUCUUCUGAAAGUAAAGAUGCUGACAAAGACAAUGAUAGAUAAAUAUGGACUUAUGUUGAUGGAAAUGGAUCGUGAUUUCUUCAUUGUGCCUGGACGACAGUCACACGCGCGGGGCUGAUUUCGAUCUGCCAAACAAUGCGCGUGCCCUAGCCACCUUGGGACCCGGCACGACUAAGGAUAGGCUUAUGCAGGG